AGAGAGAGAGAGAGAGAGAGAGAGAGAGAUAGAGACAGUGGGUGAGGAACACUGUCUGUUAGAUAAUGAAGCUGAAGCUCAGGGAAAGGCUAUUGCAUUUGGUCUGGGAUGGAGAAAUAAAGUUGAUAUGCUGCUGAAGUAGGAGCAGCACAGCAUGAGAAUUCCACAUCAGGCUCCCUCCUUCGAUUUGAGGGUUUCUAAUCAAGUUCAUCAAAAUUAAGAAGGAUUUUUUCCCCUGGAUUCUCUGAUUUGCUGAAGCUGAAAUUUUCUGGGCCUUGGGAUAAGAAGGAAAAACAAUCAAUAGCGGAGGUCAAACUUUCCACUGAAGUGGUUUUCUGGAGGUCAGACCGAUAUGGAUCUGUUGACAGAAGGUAAAAAAUGACCCCACAGCAGGGUGCUAAACUUCACACUCCACUACAGGAUUAUGAAAUCUGCCGAAAGAUGAUGAAGACUACAGUGCACAGGACACACACCAGACAAACUGUUAUUAAAGCAUUCAGCAGGAACAGAUAUCACAGCAGUGAUGGGUGUGGGCCAGACCACAUUUCCCAGAAUGCAGUGCUUCUAAUGGAAGACCACGCCCACCUCACAGUUGGUUUGGAGACACAAGAGAGACUCCUCCUGCUUUUUACGGACUCUCUUAUAAUCGCUAAAACAAAGUCGCUGUAUCUGAAGCUGAAGGCUCAUGUGAGCCUCUGUGAUAUCUGGCUCUCUUCCUGUAUCCACCAUGUGACCAGCAGGAAACUCAGUGCCAAGAACUCGUUUGUGAUUGGCUGGCCAACCACCAAUUAUAUUGUGACUUUGAGCUCUUCAGAAAUAAAGGAGAAAUGGUUCCGCGCUUUACAUUGGCACAGCGGGAAGGCCAGGCAGAGUUUAAUUCCAAACAGGAUCCUGCUGAAUGUUCACCUAUUCGACGACACAGCAAUGACCCCAGUGAUGGUGGACAUGCAUUCUACAGCUGACAGCGUGGUCCAGAGUGUUAUACAGCACAACAGUCUUCCGGGUACGGCCUCAAAGUACCAGCUGUGUGUGGGGCACGACGGGGAGGAGGAAAUGUACCCGCUUAUCGGGCACGAGCUGCCUUUCUGUAUCCUGCUGCACACACUGCGCUCUGCUCAUGGACACACACACACACUCAAGCAGCCCUCUGAUGGACUGAGUGCUGACCACCUGCAGAAACAGCCCAAAUCACCACGAUUCACACUGAAGAACAGAGCUGCACUACAAACACACACUCACACAGGUUCUUCUCUGAAGCACAAGAGGAAAAAAUCUCUCAUUGGAUGGGCUCUGAGACGAGGAUAUAGCAGCCAAUCAGAAGGGAAGAAUCAGCCUGACUCCGCCUCCAGCAAGCUGUUUGGUCAACCACUUACUUCUGUUUGCACUGAUGGAAAUCUGCCCAGACCAGUUAUGGAUCUAUUGUGUGUGCUGUACCAUGAGGGUCCUAAAACUCUUGGAGUAUUCCGCCGUUCUGCGAACGCCAAAAACUGCAGGGUCCUAAAGGAGCGACUCAACUCUGGACAUCACGUUCCGCUGCAUGGAGAAUCUGUAUUCACAGCCGCAUCCCUUCUUACUGAGUUUCUGCGUAAGCUGCCAGGCAGUGUGUUAGGGUGUGAACUGUAUGAAGAUUGGAUGGAGGUGAUGGACACUGACGACCUGCAAGACAGAUACGCCUUAGCCAAGAGUGUAUUAGAGAAGUUACCUCAGGAGAGCCGCUCUCUGCUGUGCUACGUGUUCGGAAUUCUCCACUCUAUUCACAAACACGCGGACGUUAAUCAGAUGACUGCAGCUAACCUGGCGUUAUGCAUCGCACCUAACAUGCUGUGGAGAUCAUCGCCUAGCAGCGCAGAACAGGAGAGUCACAACAACCUGGAGGUGGCUGCACUCGUCCGAUUCCUGAUAGAAAGCUCCCCCACCAUCUUUGGCGAUGAAGUGGAAAGCACAUUUGCUGCACUGUUGAACGCAGCACAGGAAACGGAUGACCCCACAGCUGAUGCGUCAUUUCUCCUUCACUCCUCCUCAGAGGACACUGAUCUGGAUGGUCUUACAUCCCCUCUCCACUCACCAGACCUCGAAUUCUUCCUUCCUCUCACCACUCUUCAAAGAGAAGUGCAUCCUUUGAAGAUCACAAUGGCGGCAGCAGAAGGGGCGUACAGCUGUGGGGCUCUGAAUUUGAAGUCGUCGCGAUCCAGCACAUCAGUCAGUUCUCUUGCCAUUGAGGAACUUCUGUCUAGAAGCCGAUGUCUUUCAGAGCCUUCUAUGUGCCAGGCAACUUGUGGAACUCCAGUCCUGCCUCACAUCCCUGUUCUUCGCCAGUCCAGCUGCGAUAAUUCCGUUACGGACGGUAAAAGAGUUCGGUCACAGGAUGCUAUGGGGUUCAGCCCUCUUUUGCAGGCUCGCAAAGGUGGAACAAGCAAGGGGCGUUGUUACGCCUUCUGGAAGUCGCCACAGUUCUCGUCGCGCUUUCGCCAUCCUGCCCAGAGACUUGCGAGCAUGUCCAGUCUUUCGUCCACCACCACCACUUCUUCUCUCAGCUCACUGGACAGUGCUGUUUCAUUUAGCUCCGCCGAGCCAAUCCCUAGCCCUAGCCCUAGUGACAAUCAGCCCCGCCCCUUUUUGUUUGGUGCUUCUGCGAAAUUGCGCCCACUGACUCCAGAGAUGCCAAGAAAGCUAUGGAAGAUGGCGUUCACUUAUGAAGAGCAAGAAGUAGCAGAAGUACGAGAUGAAGACUACGACUCUGGAGGAGAGACAAAUGGAUCAAGAGAUUGUUUGACACUUAGGGAUGAUGGUACAGAUGAAAACGAGGGAGGGGAUACAUCUCUGGUGGAAGGAAACAAAAGGUCUGAGAGAUUUUUUGCAAAGGCGAAAGAAAUGGAUGGAAAUAGUUUAAUGAAGGUAAAGGAGGGUGGAAAAAUGAUGAUAGAGGAAGAGAAAGAAGAUAACAAAAAGAACUCUAGUUUAGAAAGCCCCACCAGUGGCCUGGAAGGUGAGUUGCCUGUAUCUGAAACUGUGAUCAGUGUGGAGCAAAGUGUCUGUAAUAUAAGAUCCAUGGAGACAUGCCCAAGUCGUGAUGACCCUGAAAGUCUUCGUGACACAAGCGCACCUGGCAUUGAUGAAGGAAUCUCGCAGGAGAAGACAUGCCGGCAGACGCCUGAUAAUGAGAAAUGGGACUUGGGGCAAAUACUUCCAGAUACACAGCCCUGCCUUGUACACACACUUACACAUAAAGACCCCCUCACUCGAAAAACACCCACACAAAUGAACCCCUGCAGCCAUAGUCAAAGGGAGACAUCUGUUGCUCAUAUUCGCCUGGAGCGACCACUCUCGAAUUCUGACACACACACGGGCCAAACAGCCGUUAACACACUCCCCACAGUGCGAGGCAAGGUGAACAGAAUGAAGAUUACUUUCUUCCCCACUGUGGGCAGAGUGAUGCUCAAACAGUCCCGCAUCAAAGGUCUCAGAGGACUAGGGGUUUCACAUGGUGUCUCUUCUGAUGCCAAUGAGUCUGAGGUCAUCACUGGGGCAGAAAGUAAAGCAGAGAGUGUAGCCCAGGUGAAUAUCCCACAAUCCUUGUUUUACAGGCAAAAUGUUCCACUGGUUCUGCAUUCUACAUCGCUAGGAAAGGCACCCAGCACAGACUGUGGUGGUAACGAUGUUGAAAAUAUGACUGAACAUGUGAGCUGUGCAUGCAGGGAUGAUUGCAUUAGCAAGGAAACGGAAGAUGAUGCUAGCAGUGGCUUUAGCAGUGCUGCCUCUGCUGGUGACAAUCCGUGCACCCAAGAUUUCUCCGCCAACGAUCCUGAUGUGGGACAUAUAGUCACCAUUAAUGCUUCAGAUAACCUUGGCCACACCGUUAGCAUUAGCAGAGUUAACAACAUUACCAACAACAACAUUAGCAAAAGUAUGAGCAUGUCUCCUGGUCACACUGACCAGUCCUCCAAAGUCCCCAGCAAAAGUCCCGGGACCUUCCGCCACACCAUACGCAUUCGUCUGCCAACUAACGUCCGCAACACCGUCAAGGCAUACUUUGGUCAUUCGCAGACACUUACCCAAGCUAACGCAGAAUCUGCUAUGUCUGCGCACACACCCCCCAAAGCCCAAACCAGGCAGCUGUUCAGCAGCAAACUGCAGUGGCAGAGAACAGGUAGUAGCACUCAUUCCCAUAUUGAACCGGGUGCUGCCGCAGGCCAGGCGCUUUCCGAUGAAUCUUCUGCAUGACCCAGACACUAAACAGUGAAACAAAUCUGCCACGAGUUGAUCCUUGGGUCACUAACCUAUAUUUAGUUCACUGUAGGUCUGUUAACUUGAGACUAAACUAAAUUCUUUCAUUUUUUUUAAAUCCAACAUUUCCGUUUAGAUGCAACUUUUUUAAAGAGUGUAUUUUGCGCAUUAAACUGAUCAAUUUAAAUAUUAAAUAUUGGUAUUGUAAAUUAGCAAAUUGCACCUAGUCUUCCUGGCUAAUCAGUGACUAACGCGGAGCUUUGCACGUAGAUGAUUCAAGUGAGGAUAUACUGAUGAUAAUAUACAUAAUCAGGAGUGUCAGAAGUAGUCUCAUUUUCCAUUAACAAGGGCAUGAGCAUCUGUGCUGUCAGAUGAUGAGCCUUAGCAGCAGCACUUGCUUUCUCUGCUUCAUCUGGAACAUUUUGGCUCAUUCCUGCUCCUGAAUAUUCAGAAAAGCAUGCUGAAGGAUGGCCCAUUAAAUAUAUGACUUGGGUUUGGGCUGCUUUGACUUUGCUGAAAAUAAUCGCUACAGUAGCAUAUAGCACGCUCGCAGUAACCAAAUGCAAAUAUGUUUAAAUAUGUUUUAACUUCAGAGUGUAUGUAGUGUGUUGUUUUUAAAUAUUUAAUACUGAUUUUGUUGAUAAGUAGACACCCUGUUAAACAUGACAUAUAUUGAAUUUUAUAUUUGAAAAGAAGUAGGACAUGCCUUUUUAGGGGGAUUUUCACACCUGUAGUUCGUUUCCCUGGUCCGAAUUAGCGUUUUUCCCCCUUGGUUUGGUUUGUUUUCAGACAGGCACAAACCUAAAUGCACCAAAAUGUGCCCCAACAAACCAUCUUAGCACGUUAUCUUCUCUGAUUGGUCAAAGCUGUCUGGCACAGAAGCAAUAUAGCAAGAUGAGGAUGGCACGUGCUAGUAUUCGGGCCAUUACAUUACUAGUGAUACAGGAGCAUAUAUUAACAUAUAUUAAAAUGUUAAUGUUAAUGCAUUUGGGAUGCACUAAGCUCCCUGUUUCAGCUGCAUAUAUAUACCCGUUAAAAAUGAAUGUAUAUUAGUAAAAUGUAAAUAUUUUAAAGAAGUUUAGUUGGGAUUUUUGGCCAGUGUUCUUGUGAGUUUCUGCUGAUGAUCAUCUUCAUACCAGACUGCAUACGUCUGCUAUGUUUUUGCUGGAGUGUGGGCAUGACGUGUGCAGGUGAGAUAGAUAAACUGAUAGAUAAACUCAAGCUGAAAUUAAAUAGGAAUAAUGAGGCUAUUUUUUAAAAUGUAAGGAUAAGAAGGUUCAGAUAAUUGUGUAAAAAUGUGAGUAGAAUUAGAAAAAGUCUAAAAGCUAACCCUCCGGUAAAGUAUAGAUAACCAAAAUUUUGCUUAAGUAAGAUAAAGAAGUAAUUGUACUUCAUAACCUGACACCUCUGUAUGGUUGAUCCUAUAAACCCGAAUUGGGUAAUUGGUCUUUCAAAUUGGGGAGAAUUUGCAUAAGGAAUAAAAAUGUCAUCUUUGCCUGUGCUACACAGAAAUAUGUACUAUUCCAGAACACUUUUUUUUGCAAACCUGGUUUUGUAAAACUGCCAAUUUGGAUCAGAGCAAACAAACUAUAGGUGAUAAAAACGUCCUAAAAUAUCAAGUAUGUCAGAGGUGUGGUUUAGGGCUAUGCUCCAUACACAACAAUGAAAGUAAGAAAAGCUGCAUAAUUAAUUGUGUGCCCUUUAAUAAGCUAUCCCUUAUUUACAUUGCCUGAGGAACAUACAAUGAAAGUAAGAAAAGCUGCAUAAUUAAUUGUGUGCCCUUUAAUAAGCUAUCCCUUAUUUACAUUGCCUGAGGAACAUAUCUCGUUUAUACUGAUAAAGCUCGUUUUAUCAAAUAGCUUUCUCAGUAUACUUAAAAAAGUAGCCAGAGCAAACAUGCUAAUGUGAUUAAUAUUGCAUAGAAGCUGGAAGCUGCCAAUUAGCAUGGUGUCUUUUGCAUAAUGCAGAUAGAUCCCUGCAGUCGUGUUGUGGCAUAAAUUAAUGGGGUUGAUGGGAAGGACCCUACUAGGAGCACCACACAGGGAAAUUUCUAAGCAUUAUGCUAGAAACAUCUAUAACCCCAACUCCAAUGAAGAUGAAUACGAUGAUUUGCCAAUUCUUUUCAAUCUAUAUAUUAAAAUGAAUACACUACAAAAACAAGAUAUCCAUUGUUCAAACAGAUACACUUUACUGUUUUUCUCAAAUAUUCACUCAUUUUGAAUUUAAUGUCUGCAACACGCUCCAAAGAAGUUGAGACAGGGGCCUGUUUACCACUGGGUUACAUCACUUUUCCUUUUAACAACACUCAGUAAGCGUUUACGAACCGAGGACACAAAUUGUUGAAGCUCUAAAGGUGGAAUUAUUCAUCAUUCUUGCUUGAUGUACAACUUCAGUCGCUCAACAGUCCAGAGUCUCCGUUGUCGCAUUUUACGCUUCAUAAUGCGGCACACAUUUUUAAAGGGAAGUAGGUCUAAACUGCAGGCAGGCCAGACUAAUACCCACUCACUUGUGCCAUGAAGCCAUGCUGUCGUAACAAGUGCAUUGUCUUGCUAAAAUAAGCAGGACGUCUCUGAAAAAGAUGUUGCUUGGAUGGCAGCAUCAACGGUCCCUUUACAGAUGCGCAAGUUACUAAUGCCAUGGGCACUAACGCACCCCAAGCCAUCAGAGAUGCUGGAUUUUGAACUUUUUUUGCUGAUAACAAUCUUAAAAAUCCUUAAAACCUCAGGACACUUUUCCACUUUGCAUCAGUCCAUCUCAGAUGAUCUCAAGCUCAGAGAACUCGGCAUCAUUUCUGGGUGGUGUUGAUAUCUGCCUUUCUCUUUGCAUGUCAGAGUUUUAACUUGCACUUGUAGAUGGAGUGACAAAAGUCACGGGCAUUCAAUGUUGGUUUUCUGCCUUGCCUUUUACUUGCAGAGAUUUCUCCAAAUUCUCUGAAGCUUUUGAUGAUAUUAUGGACUGUAGUUCCUUAAAUUCCUUGCAAUUGCUUGUUGAGAAAUGUUGUUCUUAAACUGUUGAACCACUGCGUGAGCAAACAGUCAAAGUGGUGAACCUCACCCCACCCUUGCUUGUGAACGACUUAGCCUUUCAGGGAUGCUCCCUUUAUACCCAAUCAUGACACUCCCCUGUUUCCAAUUAAUUUGUUAAUCUGUGAAAUGUUCUAAACAGUUGUUUUUUGAGUAUUCCUCCACUUUCCCAGUUUUUUGUCUCCUCUUUACAAACGUCUUUGGAACGUGUUGCAGCAUCAAAUUAAAAAUUAGUGAAUAUUUCAACAUUUGAACAUUAAAUAUCUUGUCUUUGCAGUGUGUUCAAUUGAAUAUAGAAUGAAAAGAAUUUGCAAAUCAUUGUAUUCUGUUUAUAUUUAUGUUUAUGUCACACAACGUCCCUACUUCAUUGGAAUUAGGGACCAUGGUCAUCAAUACUAUGGAAUUGACUGGUUGUGUAUGUCUGUGUGUGUAGAAAACACACAGUGAAAUCAAGGUCAAGGACACAGUGACAAAGUCAAGUCUCUUGUAAGUGUCUGUGUGAGUUAGUAUGUGUGUGUGCGUGUGCACGCAUGUGUGUGUACACAUGUAGAACAAUGAACAAUCAGUCACUCAGUGGUUAAUGUGUGGGUGUGUACAUGUAGAACAAUAAAACCAAUCAGUCAAUCAGUUUACUAAUUUAAUAAUUAGUAAAACUUCAUAAGUAGCAGGUUGUCAGAUAAUGAAAGAUUGAGAAAAGAGUCAGUUUUGUAUAUUUUUAUGAUUAUUUAAGUUUUACACACUGACAACUUAUAUAGGAAAGUCACAUAUUCAUUUUUUGAUGCUAUUUCUGAACAAUUUUACAUUAUAAAUAUGUAAUGAUUAAUAUUUGUUGUUUCUUUUUUGAUACAGAUGUAUAAACACUCUUAUAUAUCACAUAGCAUGUCACCUUUGUCAAUGUAUAGUGCAACACCUCCUUUCCAACAGAAUAGCUGCAUCCCUACAAAGACUACACUAACAUAAAAAAAGGUUUGUUCUGGGACUGUAGUUCUAUAUUUGUAGGCAUACAUGUGCAUCCAAGCCUGCUCAUAUGGUUUGUGACAUUGGUUGGAGUGUCAGCGAUUUAUAUAUAAUUUAUUCUACCCAGCACCAAAAAAGGCCUCCACUGUUAUUAUUAUAUGUACUGGUACAUAGGAUUUAUUGACCUACCCUUGAGAUGUGUCUCAAGUUGCAUCUGGAUUUACUGACGAAGCCACAGCAACACAUUUAACUCCUAAAAAGAAAAUUCAUUUAUUACAAAUUCUCUAGUCACACCAUGUCAGCCCUUAAAACUGUUUUGUGGUGCAAAUUAUGUAUUGUAUGUAACGGGGGGUGGGGGUCUUGAAGGACACACAAGCAGUGAGUGUCCUUCUGUUCUUCAGAAGAGAAGGACUCUUUUCUUGGCCACGUUUGGAGGAUGCUUUAAUGAUGCAACAGCUGAGAAAUGCAGCAGUCCUCAGUUGCAGCCUAUAUGAUUGACCUCUGGUAGCUUCUCCGUGCAUGCAUACAAAUAUUUGGUUUGCUGAAGAAUGAAUGGAGAAAAAGUAUUUCAGGGGAAGACUAAAAAAAUUAAGACACUACAAUGUAAACUAUAGAAACUGUAAAUAUUAAAAAGUAAACAGAAACGUGAAGUAAAUUCAAAGUUGAAAAAAAAAAUUAAAAUAGAAUGAAAGAAUGCAAUAAAGUUAAACACUGGAAAAGUGAUUACUGUGAUAGUAAAUCUAAAAUCUGAAGAAUUACAUUGGGUACGAAAGUGUGCUCAAACUCAUAUUUUGCUUGUUUUGCAUUUAGAGGAUGCGUCAGUGAUGCAACAGCUGAGAAAUGCUGAGAACAUUCCUUAGUUCCUCAGCUGAUAGGCUUCGGCAUGGAGUUAAUCUGCAUCUGUUUUGUAUCAUCAAUCAUCUUAAUUUCGACAUGCUUACCUGAACAAAAAAAAAACAAAAACA